UUGGAUUUUUGCCGAGAUACGAUGGAAGGUGGUGAGUGGUGCCCGGUGGAUUUAGGUCCCUUUUUGGCGCAAUGGCUCUCCUAGCCGACACCGCAAUGACGUCACCAUGCUCUCUCAUUCUUCCCGAACCGCCCUGCCCUCCACCCACCCGAGCCAAAUCAAACGGUCUUUGGCGCAACCAAAACUCUCGCACACACAUGUGUGCAUCAUAUCGCACCCACAGCGUCAUGCGCGGAUUCCAGUUCUGAACUGCUCGCCCAUCACGCACAACAGAAGGAACAAGAAAAGCGACUCUGUCAGCAAGGACAAACAACGGCUGCUUCACACGCUCCAACAGUUUCCCAAUCAAUCACCAACACUCUUCCCGUUCGGCACCCCUGGUUAG